UUCCCUCCCCAUGAGCCCAACAGGAAAGGCUUAGUAUAAAUACCAGGCACCUCGCUCCAGCAGGCAGGGUCCAGCAGCUCUGCUCCACCGGAAAUCAGCACCAUGAAGCUUUUCAUAGGCCUCGUUUUCUGCUCCCUGGUCCUGGGAGUCAGCAGUCAGAGCUGGGUUUCGUUCAUGGGAGAGGCUGCUCAAGGGGCUUGGGACAUGUGGAGAGCGUACUCUGACAUGAGAGAAGCCAAUUACAUAGGUGCAGACAAAUACUUCCAUGCCCGCGGGAACUAUGACGCUGCACAGAGAGGACCUGGGGGCGUCUGGGCUGCUGAAAAGCUCAGCAAUCUCAGAGAGAAUUCUCAGAGGGUCACUGACCUUUUUAAGUAUGGAGACAGUGGCCACGGAGAGGAGGACUCGAGGGCCGACCAGUUUGCCAACGAAUGGGGCCGGAGUGGCAAAGACCCCAAUCACUUCAGACCUGAUGGCCUGCCCGACAAGUACUGAGCUCGCUCCUCACUCUGCUCUCAGGAGACGGGGCUAUGCGCCCCUAAGACAGGGACACCGAGUUACUGAGCUUUUCCUCCCCUGAAGCUGAUAGAGGGCACAUAUAGGUGUCUAAUAAAAGCUUAAGAAAUUGAAUGUUGAA